AUGCUUAAUGAUUGUGGAAUGUUAGAGUUUCCUUUCACAGGGGACAUGCUUUCUUGGGUGGGGAAGAGAGCAGGAGGAUCAACAGUUCGAUGUCGUUUAGACAGAGCAGUUGGAAAUGCGGACUGGCAUGAGAGGUUUCCCCACUCUUCUGUUAAGUAUAUGAGGUUAUGGGGGUCGGACCAUCGUCCGAUUCUUGCAGAUAUACUCACAAAGCCAACGAGAAGGUCCAAGAAGUUUAAGUUUGAUAAGAGAUGGCUGGACAAUGAAGAGCUGCGGCAAGUUAUCCUUGAGGGCUGGAAGUCUCCUGAUCUUCCUCCCAAUGCGACUAUCAUGGAACAUAUUGCAAGUUGCAGGAAAGCUUUGAGUGAAUGGAGGAGGCAAAAUAAUGUCAAUUCGGCAAAACUAGUAGAGGACCUUAAAGAGAAAGUGGAAGGUUUGUAUGCUGAUGAUAGUGCCACGACUGAGGAGAUUGCAGCAGCCCUGAAGGAACUCUCGGAGGCGCUCAAAUCAGAAGAAAUGUUCUGGAAACAGAAGAGUCGGGUGUUUUGGCUGAGAGAAGGAGACAGGAAUACAAAAUUCUUUCAUGCCUUGACAAAGCAACGAAGAGCAAGGAAUAAGAUCACGCAGCUUGUUGAUGAGGAUGGAAAUAUUGUUGAGGAUGAUGAGGGUCUAGUAGUCAUUGCUACUAGCUAUUUUAGGCAGAUUUUUGAAUCAUCUGAUCCGGAGGAAAUUGAGGAGGCAUUAGCUCAUGUUCCAACGACGAUCACUGGGGCUAUGAAUGAUGACCUUACAGCUCCUGUCUCUGAAUGGGAGGUCAAAUUAGCGCUUUUUGCCAUGCAUCCAGAGAAGGCCCCAGGACCAGAUGGGAUGACUGCGCUUUUCUAUCAGAAAUUCUGGGAUAUUGUGAAGGAGGAUUUAACUCUUAUGGUUAACAAAUUCCUUUUUGAGGGAACAAUGGCGAAUGGACUAAAUGAUACAAAUAUAUGUCUUAUCCCGAAGAUAACGAAGCCCAAUGCGAUGACUCAGUUCAGGCCCAUUAGUCUGUGCAAUGUCAGCUACAAGAUAAUCUCAAAAGUCUUAUGUCAGAGGUUAAAGAAAGUGCUUCCUGGUUUGAUAUCGGAAACCCAGUCAGCCUUUGUUGCUGGGAGACAGAUUUCUGAUAACGUCAUGAUUGCUCAGGAGAUGUUUCACGCUCUGAGAACCAAACCAAGUGGGCGCAAUAAAAGGAUGGCCAUCAAGACAGAUAUGAGCAAAGCAUAUGACAGGAUGGAAUGGUCCUUUAUCGAAGCUGUUCUGCGUAAGAUGGGAUUCUCAGAGAUCUGGACCAGCUGGGUCAUGCGAUGUCAAUGUAUCAACUUUGACAAAUCGUCCUUACUCUUCGGUAAGCGGAUUAGUGUAAUUGCUAGACAGGAGAUAAAAGAUGUGCUUGGGAUACAGAAUGAAGGAGGAAUGGGAACUUAUUUAGGCAUUCCCGAAGACAUAAGUGGUUCAAAAUGCAAACUUUUUGCAUUCCUGAAGGAUAAGCUGAUGCAUAGAGUGAAUGGAUGGACAGGUAGAUGGCUUUCGAAAGGUGGGAAAGAAGUGUUGAUUAAAUCCAUUCUGCUCGCUCUUCCGACAUACGUCAUGUCGACCUUCCUUCUCCCAUUGGAGAUAUGUGAGAACUUAGCUAGUGCUAUCGCUCAGUUUUGGUGGAGCUCGAAUCCACCAAAAAGAGGGAUACAUUGGGCGAAAUGGGACAAGGUUUGCCUAUCCAGAGAAGAGGGAGGGAUUGGUUUUCGCAUGAUCCAUGAGUUUAAUCUGGCAUUGUUGGCAAAACAACUAUGGAGAAUAGUUCAAUUCCCUGAUUCUCUGGUGGCCCGUGUACUACGGGGGAGAUAUUAUAGGCUGAGUUCUCCACUGAGAGUAAACGCUCCUACUGGCCCAUCUUAUGUGUGGACGAGCAUUUCUGCUGCGAGGAAUCUGCUAUUAUUGGGCAUUCGACAGAAGAUACACUCUGGAUAUGAGGUUAAGGUUUGGGAGGAUCCAUGGAUUCCAACGAAUCCCGCGAGGCCAGCUGCCCCAAUGGCACCAGUGAUGCAUCCUAAUAUGCGAGUAAGCGAUCUUAUUAAUCAAGAAUCGAAGGAUUGGGAUGUGGGCUUACUGGAGAACUAUGUUCAUCCUGAUGACAUACCACUCAUUAGGAGUUUGGCCAUAAGCUCAACUCAUCGUCGUGACUCUUACUGCUGGAACUUCACAAGGAAUGGUCAGUACACGGUCAAGUCUGGAUAUUGGGUGGCUCAGAAUUUGUUGAAUAAAACAGAGCAAAGGGAAGUUUUGGACCCAAUAACAAGGAACCUGGUAAGACGCAAUAUGAGAUGUGAUAACUACUGCCCACGAUGUGGAGAAGCAGAGGAGACUGUCACACAUGCAAUUUUUGAAUGCCCGCCAGCUCUUCAAGUUUGGUCUUUAGCUUCGACUCCGACAAGCCCGAACAUCUUUCCAGUAUCAAGCAUCUACACGAAUAUGGACUAUCUCUUUUGGAGGAAAAAUAGCAUUCUUGAGCCUGAUCGUGAUAGAGACCCUUAUCCCUGGAUAAUAUGGUACAUUUGGAAGGCUAGGAAUGAGAAACUCUUCAGGGGCAUAGAUCGAGAUCCUUUGGAGUUAGUCCGACAUGCGGAGAGCGAAUGUCAAGCCUGGUUUGAUGCUAAGGAAGUGGUACAACCUGUAACACAAGCUAAUACAGAUGAGGAGCCCCAAGCCAUAAGCUUGGGAAAUAUUUGCUUGCUAGAUGGAUCUUGGACAUCUUCUGCUAACUUUAGUGGAUGCGGAUGGGUGUGGAGGGAUGGGUCUGGGAAUGUGCAGCUUAUGGGGACAAGGAAUUUCACUCGGCGGGAAUCAGCUUUGCACUCGGAAGUAGAGGCACUGCGAUGGGCGAUGGAGAAUAUGCUGCAACAUUCGAACUGCCAGAGCUUCGGGACAGAUUGUAAGGAACUGAUAGCAAUGGUGAAGGAACCUCAGGCGUGGCCAAGCUUUGCGACGGAAUUGGAGAGGAUAGAGACGCUACAGAUAUGCUUUCCGGAUUUUAAAAUCGCUCACGUCCCACGGGCACGUAUAGUUCCUGAACUGAAGAGAAGCAAGCAAACGAUCAUUCAUGUCUAA